AUGGCACAAAAUAUUCAAGGUAAUUACAAUUUAGCCAAAUUUGCAUUUAAUAUAUAUGGAACAUUAAAUAGUUCAAAUUCAAAUGAUUCAGUUUCUCCAAAUUCUUCAUUAAAUUCUAAAACUUCAAAAAAUUAUUUAAAUCAUCAAUUUCAUCAAAAAUUAGUAUUCAAUUGUGAACGUGAAUCAACUGCAUUAUCUCAAUUAAAUUUUGGGAUUCAAAUAAAUAAUUAUAAUAAUGGUAAUGAAAUUAGUCAUCAUGCUGUUAUAGGUGGUAAAAAUUACCUACGACUUUUAUGUUUAAAUGAAGAUCAACUGAGAAUAAUUCAAGAUAUAAACUUACUAGACUCUAAGUCAAUAUAUAGAGGUCCAAUUAAGCUAAAUAAUAUAAACACCAUAAAAACACACUCAAAUACUAUUGCUUGUGGAUUAUCAAGUGGUGCAAUAUCAUUGUACAAAGUUUCACCUUCUGGUCAAGGGAAAUUAUAUGCAAAAUUAUCAGAUCAUAAAAGGACAAUUAAUUCACUUGAUUUUAUAGAUUCUGAUAAUCAAUUUGUUUCUGGAUCUCAAGACGGUAGUAUUAAAUUAUGGGAUUUGAGAGCUUCUAUAAAUAAACCAGUUUUAACAUUGCAAGCUAAUUUACAUAAUGAUCCAAUUCGAGCUUGUCAAUAUAGUCCCCAUUCAUUAGUAAGAAAUAAAACAUGUAUAUUAUCAGUACAUGAUUCAGGAGCAUUAUGCAAAUUUGAUUUAAGAUCAAGCGUUGGAAGCAAUAUGUAUUCUCCAGAUAAGAAAUGGAAUUUGCAUUCAGGUCCAGUACUUUCAUUACAUAUUCAUCCAGAAAAAGAAUACGUUGCCACUGGUGGUAGAGAUCAAAAAAUAUGUGUUUUGAACUAUGGUGAAUCACAAUCUUCUUCAACAAGGUCAGCUGCUGAUAGUAUGAUCAAUACAUAUGGAUCAGUUUUAAAAGUUAGAUGGGGUUGUUAUCCUUUACAUGAAACUUUAGAUGAAUUUAAUGAGCCAACAGGGAGUGCACCAAACCCUUUAAUGAAUUAUGAUUUAGCAUGUCUGUACUUUGACGACCCAACAAUUACUGUUUUUAAUUUAAACAGAAAAUAUAUUCCAAAACAAAUUAUGACUUCAUAUUUACAAAAGCCUAUGGCUAAUUUUGUAUGGGCCCAAAAUAAUAAUCAAUCGAGAAAAAUAUGGACACUUUCCAAAGCUAAUAUGUUCACAGCAUAUGAUUUAGACCUGACAAAUGAUCCCGAUGUUAGACAACCACUUGAAGAUUUAAAUAGUUUAUGUAUGACUUGGAACAAUGACAAUAAUUUUAUAAUGGUAAACCAAGAUAAAUUUGAUUUUGAAAUAAAUGAUGAAUUUGAAUCAGAUGAUUUACAAUCGCAAGAUAAUUUUGAAUUUAGUACUAAUGAAAAUUUUGAUGAUAAACUAGGAACUUCAUUAACAACAUCACCUAUUGAAAAACCACAAUUAGUAAGAUCGUAUACGCAUAAUCCUAUGCAGCAAUUAAUUGCUAAAUCUCCUUCGCCCGUUCUAAGAACAAGUACAAAUGGGUUUGACUUAUCAUCUUCAACACCUGGUUAUAGACCCAAACUUACAAGAAAUCCUUCGCAAAAUACUCAAGAAUCAACAUUAUCUUUUGGUUCAGCUCCACAACCAAGUAGAAAACUGAUACGGCAUCAGUCACAUCAAUACCAUAAUUAUGGUCUUUCAAGUCCAUAUGCUAUACCUGUUGAAUUCCCAUUUCCGACAAAUGAUGAUGAAAUUUUUAGAGUUUUAUCUACUGAAUAUAUUGUGAAAAUUCCUGAUGGGUUUAAUGUCGCAGAUGUUUGUUUAUUGAAUGCAAAUACAGCUGAUCAAGCUGGUUCACAUAGAACAAGUCAAGUAUGGAGACUAAUUGCUUUAACUUUGGAAGAAUUAAAUGAACCAAUAGUUGAGGAAGAAGUAAAAGAAGAAAUUAUUGUUGAAGAUAAUAAUGAUAGUGAUUCACAUAAUGAUAAUAAAUCCAUACAAUCAGAUUUAGGUAAUAUUGUUGGAUCAUUCAAUUCAAAUUCAACUUCUACAACAAAUUAUGGAAAUAAAGUUUUGAGUGAUAAAAAUAAUAGUAAUUCCAAUCUAAUGGAAGCUAUUAAUAAUAGCAGAAAAAACAGCUUUUCACAAAGUUUUAGAAUUAACAAAGAAGCAGAAGAAGAUAAUAUUAGUGAACAUUCAAAAUCGAAACCGAUUCUGAUUAAUGAAGGAUACAACAAUGAGAAUGCUAAUCUAAUGAAUUCUGCUUUUUUAAGAUCAAGUCCUAAUUCAGGUGGAACAUUUUCAAGUUUGGCAUCAUCUCCAAAAUCUAAUGGUGCUAUUUCACGUAAAUAUUCUCAAACUCAAUUGGCUAUCAGAAGACAACUGUUGAACAAGAUUGAAGAAACACCAACAGAAUCAACAUUAACGAAAAAACUAAGAAUUAAUGAGUCAAAAGCAUGGGGUUUGAAAAAUUUACUAAAGAAGUCAUUAGAUUAUGCAGUUUUACAAGGUGAUAUAAUUUUUUGUUCUUCUAUAAGUUUAUUAUUCUAUGAUAUUACAACAAAUAUUAUUUCAUUUGAUCAAUGUUUAGAUUGGCUUUCCAUCUAUAUUGAAAUUUUACAAAGAAAACAAUUAUUUGUUAAUGCUAUAAAUAUUUUAAAUUCUGCUCCCUUGGUGGUGCAACAAGAAUUAUCAAAACUGUUUUCAUCUGACUUGAUAAGAUUAUAUUGUUCAAAUUGUAUGAAAUUAUUAGUUAAUGAAACCUCAAAACAUCUGCAAAAGGGUGAAUUUGGUUAUUGGUAUUGUGAUGAAUGUAAGCUGUUACAACUGACUUGUGUAUACUGUAAUGAACCAUGUAAAGGUUUGGUCGUGAAUGUGAAUUUAAAAUGUGGUCACAGAGGUCAUUUUGGAUGUUUAAAAACUUGGUUUAUUGAUGAUGAAAAUAUUGAAUGUCCCGGUGGUUGUGACUUAAAGAUUAUUUAA